CCUUUGAUUUGUACCACACCUGUAGUUUGUAUUGCUUUGUUUCUUGUUUUUGUAAACCAGUAUAACAAAGCUGCAGAGCAAUUUGGCAACUCAGGGGCUUUUAACAUGACAAUUUUUUGUCAGAAUCUGAAGCUCAGUGACGUUAUGGUUAACAAUCUACUUAUGGAGGUUGGCCAGAGUAUGUGCAAAACAAUAUUGCAUGUGAGCACCACAAAUAUUGUUAUGCUGUUCAUAUCUGGGAUAAGCUGGUACUUGGGCUUUGUCUUGUGCACAUUCUAUAUAUGGAAAUUAAAGGUGCAGAGAAUAGAGAGAACAACCCAGCUGUUUGAUCGACGCCUUUACGAAGCGGCUUAUAUUGAUCAAUCAAUGCUGCUAAACACAAAAUACAAGUUAGAGAAGCCUUCUAAGAGUGAACCAAAUCAAAGUUCAGAUGACAAGGUCAUGGUGUAUUUAUGUGCUACAAUGUGGCAUGAGACCUUUGAUGAAAUGCUAAAAAUUCUUACUUCUCUAUUCAGAUUAGACAAAUAUAAAUUAAAUAUGAAGAAGGAUACUUUGGACUUUGAAGCACAUAUAUUUUUUGAUGAUGCAUUUACCGAGGAUACAAAUACCCAAACUGGCAAAAAGAACAGAUGUGUCAAUAUGUAUGUGGAAUAUUUAAUUUCUGCAUUUGAUGAAGUCCACAGGGUUUUUUCUAGCAACAGGAAAGACAUGUUUUCAAGAACUAAUAUCUCAAGUUGCAGACAGCAAAAGAUUAUGGUGACUCCUUAUGGUGGAAGGCUUUGCUACAUCCUCCCACAAGGCAAUCUCCUUUAUGUACAUCUGAAAGAUAAGCAAAGGAUUCGUCAUAAAAAGAGAUGGUCUCAGAUUAUGUACAUGUUCUAUCUGCUGGGAUGGAAACUAUUUCGUAAAUAUGAUAAUUUAGUUGAGAAAGCCACAGACCCCACUGAAAAAGAGCGUGUUAAAAAAGAUUUUGAGAAUGAGAAACACAAUACUUAUGUAUUAGCCCUGGAUGGAGACACUGAUUUUCAACCAUCAUCCUUAAUGUUACUUGUUGACCGUCUUAGAAGGUAUCCUGGUGUUGGAGCAGCCUGUGGAAGAAUACAUCCAACUGGAAUGGGACCUAUGGUCUGGUACCAGAAAUUUGAGUAUGCCGUUGGACACUGGCUGCAAAAGUCCUCAGAACAUGUCUUUGGUUGUGUCCUUUGUAGCCCAGGAUGCUUUAGUUUGUUCAGAGCAUCUGCAUUAAUGGAUGACAAUGUACUAAAAAAGUACAGUACAAAAGCUGCAGAAGCUGCACAUUAUGUUCAAUAUGAUCAAGGAGAGGAUCGUUGGCUUUGUACAUUGCUCUUACAGCAAGGCUGGCGUGUAGAAUAUAAUGCUGCGUCAGAUGCUUACACAAAUGCCCCUCAAGAGUUUGCAGAAUUCUACAAUCAACGAAGACGAUGGGGACCCUCUACCAUGGCAAAUACCAUGGACUUACUACAUACUGGAGUGCAAACAGCCAAGAAAAAUCCAUCUCUCUCACUUCUAUAUAUCCUGUACCAGACUUUAACUAUGGGGGCUUCAAUUUUAAGUCCUGCAACAGUUUGUCUGAUGAUUGCAGGGGCAUUUUCUUUCGUCUUUGGACUUGAUACAAACUUAAGUCUAUUUUUAGCAAUUUUGCCACCGGCAAUAUAUAUUGUUAUUUGUUUUGUGACGAAGCCCAAUACACAAAUAACAAUUGCUGCAUUUCUCAGUGUUGGAUAUGCAUUCUUAAUGACGGCUACUUUCCUGAGCAUUAUAGGUGGCAUAAUCAAGGACAACACAAUCAUGACACCCACAGGCAUUUUUCUUAUAUCCAUGAGUCUAAUAUAUAUUGUCACAGCUUUGCUCCAUCCACAAGAAUUCUCCCUGCUGGUCUAUGGGCUUCUCUAUAUUAUAUGUGUUCCUAGUGGCUACCUUCUGUUAACGAUAUAUUCUCUCGUUAACAUGCACAUAGUGUCAUGGGGUACACGAGAGUCAGCAGCCCCAAAAACUAAAAAGACAGAAAACAACAAGAAAGUUAAAUAUCAAAAAACAUGUAAAUGCUUGUGUUGGGAUGUUGAAGUACAAGUCCAUGAGAACAAGAGUACAGAUUCUGAAAAAAAAGAAAAGAAAGAAAGUGAUAACUCAUCACUGAUGGCUUCACAAAGUCAAGAAAAUAAAAGUUUGGUGGCAAAGCAAGAAGAUUUUGGUUAUGAGGAAAGGUGGAUUACACAACUGCAGCAGAAAUCAAACUACAAUGUGCUGCAAGAAGAGGCCCUACCACAGGAGGAAAUUCCAUUUUGGGAGGAAGUUAUUAAAAGUUACUUGGAGCCACUCAAUGAAGACAAACAAAAGAAGGAUGAAAUUGAGAGAGACCUAAAAUCACUGAGAUGCAAAGUUACAUUUGUUUUCUUCAUGAUUAAUUUGCUAUGGAUUGUUGCAACAUUUUUCCUUCAACUUAUUGGAUCUAGUAUUAGCAUACGGAUCCCUAAAGUUUAUAACAAUGGGACUAUUUCAACCACUGAAUUCUUCAUGGUGGAACCAAUCGGAUUAAUGUUUUUGCUGUCAUUUGCCUUCUUGCUUAUACUACAGUUUAUGGGACUUAUGUACCACAGGAUAUACACCCUGGUUCACUUCAUUGCCUACACAGGAACAGAGCAGGUAAAACACAAGGUACCUGCAAGUCAAAGCAAAAUUAAAAGUACAACAACAGACUUCAACAUUUAUGAAAACCCUGCUGCAAUAAGAGAAGUUGACUCUGAAAAUGUUUAUCAUGUAUGACCGUUGUAGAUCUGAAUUAUUUAAUUAAAGGAAAAAAGGAAGAUUAUUUCAUACUUACCGAGAUCUUCCUUUCUUAGACGUACUCCAUGUCAGUACGUUACGGGAUAGCC